CGAUUACAGUGUGAAUCUGCCUAAGCGUUCCUGUAAAUAUCCAUGUUUUUCUGAUUUAUGUUUUAGCUACUUAAUUAAUUACAGUAGUAUAUACUAAAAUGUCCCCCUAGCCAAUCAUUUUACAGUAGUUAUUGACCAAUCAUCUAUCUGUAUUUCAUAAUAUAUUCCUUAACCUGGCUUGUAACGAUCAGUUGUUACCUUUCCUCUUUGGGAAUGUCAGCUACUGCUAGUAUCACUGCACCGGUUCAAUUAUGUCGAAGGUUGUUUGGUGAACCUGUAUCAUGUAUGCGUAUUCAGCAAACUUUGGAGACAAUUAUACGUAAAGAUUUAGACCGUUUCCAAAAUAAAUGGAACUUUCAACCACCCAAUAUUGUAUUAGAGAACAAAAUUCGGAAACCACUUUCUGUACAUCAAUUACAUAGUGAAAAUUUACGGAAAAAUUCUACAAAUGAAUUCAUUUUAGAACCUGUCCAAUCACCUCCAAGUUUCUAUAUAAAAUCUCCGCGUAAAUUAAAAGCAUUUCGACGUCUUCCAGUGUCAGUAGCGCAAAAAACACGCAUGGAACUCUAUAAAAAGUCUACAAAUAGUGAACUCAGAAAUUUCACUUAUUCGUUUAAUUCAUUAUAUAACCUAUCUAAUACUGAUACUUUACUAAAUGAUAAUCAAAAAUCUGAAAUGAACUUUCCUUCAACGACAGAGUCAACUAUCUCAAUAACUCUGAAUCAACCAUCGCCAACAUCAUCAUCAACACCAUACAAAUUCGGCAACAUAUCACAAGUUACUGAAAAGUUAUCAGAAAUAACAACGACAACAUUACCUGUGAAUCCAAUUAUUAUCCGUUCAGAUAAUAAUAGUAACAAUACAAUGUUACCAUCAAGUUCGAAUCCCUGUUCUCAACAUUCAGUUAAACUGAUAAAACCUGAUCGAUUAAGUUUAAAGAAAUCUGGGCCUAAAGUAACAGAUUAUUUUGCUGUUAAGCGACGACGACAAUCUAUGAAGUAAUUCAUAGUUUUCAGAAAGAAACAAAAACAAUAAAGAAGAUCAAUUCGUUGAAUAAUGAGAAUGCAUUUGAAAAAUUGGAUAAUAACUUUUUUUUCAAUGAUUUAAUGGAACAAUCAUUAAAUAAUUAAAAAAACACAAAAAACUACAUUGUUUAACACAACGCAGAUUUAUUUAUUUCUAUCCCCCAUUUCCUCACUUAUUCCCCUUAAAUAUACUCUGUGAAUUAAGUCUCCCUUCCCCUCCUCUUUAUUCUCAAUUAUUCAUCGUUUUUUUUUCUUAUUCUAACUCUAUUUUAAGUUAUGUUAAACAAUACAGAUUUUAUUAUGUACCAUUAUUAUAAUUAUUAUUGCCAAUAAUAUUAUUAAAAUUAUGUUUAUAAAUUGGUUGUUUCUUCUUUUUUUGUUAAUCAAUUACAGACUGGUUUAUAGAAAAUAUAUACUACAUUACACCAAUCAAUCAUUGCCGGUCAACUAAUGACUAAUUGUCUGCUGUUAUCUAGAACUAAUCAAACUUUAUCGAUCAAAUUAACUAUAUGUUCGUUAACUCAAUCGAUAUUAUGUAGUUAAUUUUGUUUCAUUUCAGCUAUUGGCAUUUUAUUCGUAGAAACAUCUGAAUAGGUUAUCAAGUAGUUGAUAAUUACAAUUGUGGAAUUAAUUCUGUAGUGUGGAAACGAAGGAGCAAUCAAGUCUGAGACAAUUGAUUGACAAUUCACAAAUGAAGUAUUUACUGUAUGGUUUUCAGAUUUUACUAAUAGAUUAUGUAAUUUUGUAUUCAAAUACAUUUGGUUGUCCUCAUUUGUGUUCACGUUCACGACAAUUCUACCAUAAAGUUGAGUGAUAGUACUAUUAAGAAUUACCUAAUAAUUGUGAAGCCACUUUUCAGACGACAAUUAGAGUCUGCAAAAAUAUCAAAAGUAUUUCUCCAAAGGUAUAAUGAAUAUGAUAAAAAUAUAUAUAUUAGUCUUAAAAAGAUUAUUUUCAGUUGCCGAUAUCAUUAUAAAAGA